UGUCUUUCUUGUUUCAGAUGCUUUUGUUUCUGCACAGCAUUGCACUCCUCUUCAUCUUUAACCUAACAAUGUCACUUCCAAUAUCAAAGUUAAGGUUCUGCCUUUCUUAUUCCAUUUCCAAGUUUUUUCCUUUUCUUCCAAACCCUUCUUUCUUCACUUCCUUUCACUCACACUAUCACUCUCAGCCUCCUUCACUUGACCAUGACAAUGUUCGCGACCUUAUCUCCCAAUUUCGUAGCAUGUUUCAUAUGCGUCCUGUUCCUCCCAUCUACCAAUUUGGGAAGAUUUUUGGAUCUCUUACAAGGAUGAAACACUAUUCUACAACUAUUUCCCUUUUUAAGCAAAUGGAGCUCAAGGGAAUUCAGAGUGAUCUUGUCAUUUUCAGCAUUGUCAUCAAUUGUUUCUGCCACUUACAUCAAAUGACCUUCGCCUUCUCUGUUCUUGCCAAAAUUCUCAAACUUGGUUAUCAUCCCGAUGUCGUAACCUUAAGUACCCUCAUGAAAGGUCUCUGUCUUAAUAGUGAGGUCAAGAAAGCUCUUACCUUUCAUAACAAGGCAGUAGCACAAGGAUUUCUACCUGAUGAGGUUAGUUACGGGAUUUUGAUCAAUGGCUUGUGCAAGGUAGGAAAAACCGAAGCUGCCAUCAAGUUGCUCACAAUAAUAGAAGGCGGAUUAUGUAAGUCUAAUGUGGUAAUGUACUCCAGUAUAAUUGACUCUUUAUUCAAAGAUAAUCUUGCAAAAGAGGCUUAUGAUAUGGUUAUUAAAAUGAUGUCAAAUAACAUCAUGCCUAAUGAUUAUAUCUAUACUAUAAUGAUAGAUGCUUUAUGUAAGGAAAAAAAGAUAAAAGAAGCUAAGAAUGUGUUAGGUGUGAUGAUAAAAGCUUGUGUGAAACCUGCAAUUGUUACCUUUAGCACUUUGAUGGAUGGGUAUAUUUUAGUUAACCAGGUGGAAAGUGCUAAACACAUAUUUAAUGCUAUGACUCAAAUUGGAGUAACUCCUGACGUUUACAGCUACAAUAUCAUGAUUAAUGGAUUAUGUAAGAGUAAAAGAGUGGAUGAGGCCCUGAAACUCUUUCAGAAAAUGCAUAAGAGGAACAUGGUUCCUGAUAGAGUGACUUACACUACUCUUAUAGAUGGGUUAUGCAAAUCUGGGAGAAUAACUUAUGUUUGGGAUCUUAUGAAUGAGAUGCAUGAUAGAAAUCAGCAACCAAAUGUAAUCACUUACAGUUGCUUGAUAGAUGGUUUAUGCAAAAACUAUCAUCUAGACAAGGCAUUUGAAUUAAUCAGGACAAUGGUGGAAAAGAGAAUUCAACCAAAUUUGUACACCUGGAACAUACUUAUUGAUGGAAUGUGCAAAGGAGGAAGACUUGAGGAGGCACAAGAGACCUUUCAAAAUCUUUUAAUUAAAGGGUACCGAUUAAAUGUAUAUUGUUAUAAUACUAUGAUCAAUGGUCUUUGUAAAAAGGGUUUGAUUGAUGAGGCAUUAACCUUAUGGUCCAAAAUGGAAGACAAUGGUUGCUUACCUGAUUUAAUAACUUAUGGAAUAAUGAUCAGGGCUCUCUUUGAAAAGGAUGAGAUUGAUAAGGCAGAGACAUUUGUUCGUGAAAUGAUAUUUAGAGGCUUUCUGACAUGAUAAAAGGUGGUGAUGCAUUGGAAUCUCUGGUGCUGCAUUCUUUUGGUAUUGGAUGAAGUUGAUGGAUUCUUGUCUUUCAAUUCCCGGAAAGACAUGCACCGGAUAUUGGAGCGUGUAGGGAGGAGAUCCAGUGCAGACCCAAGCUCAAAUUCAUUAUGCACACCGGCUGGCCGAACUGGUAGGCUUGGUAGGAAUGGUAGAGUGCUAACCAUAUGUGAAGAGCCAGAAGUGUUUGUUGUGAAGAAAUUGCAGAAGCAGUUGGGAAUUCCAUUUGCAUCCUGUGAUAUUUCGGAUGGGAAACUACUUGUCACUGAAGAAGAGAAAACAGUAGGCAGUUCUAUAAGUUGAG